AUGGCCGGAGGCAAGAAGGGCAAGGGGGGGGGGGAUGCGGCGGAGGGGAGCAAGAAGGCUCUGGGCCAGGCGAGGAAGGCGGAGACGGCGGCGAGGAAGGCUGCGGAAGAGAGUGAACGGGAGGCGGCUGCUGAGGCGGCGAAGUGGGAGAAGGGGACUAAGAGUAAUGCGAAGAAGCUCGCGGUUGGUUGGUUGCUGGGUGCGGUAGUGAUUUCCAUGGAGGAGGAGGAGGAGGAGGAGGAGGAGGAGGAGGAGGAGGAGGGGAGGAGGAGGAGGAGGAGGAGGAGGAGGAGGAGGAGGAGGAGGAGGAGGAGGGGGGGAUCUCAUUGGGUGGGAGGGGGGUUCGGUGCGGUAUAG